UUUUAUCUGUGCUGUUGGCAACCGCCGUUCCGGCGUUCGUUGUCGUUUUCUCGCCGCAUCGGCGUUGCCUGACGUCGCCGUCGCUGCCACGAAAAGUGUCUUCUGCUAGCUUUGCCGUGUAGAUCAUACCCGUCGCAGUGGUGGUGGCUGGCUGGCUGGCUGGCGUUACUGCUAUUGGGACUGACUGACUGACGACCAGAGAGAGGAUCUGCGGCCGCACUUUUGUUGUUUUUGCGAUAUCAACGGUCGGCGGAAGAAACGGGGGCUGCGGCUGCACGAAUAACAGCAGCAGUAGUUCAUAUCGGUAGCACAGUUCGUCGCAGGCAGGUCUGCUUCGGCAGGCGUCACACGGUGCCGGCCAGACCCAGCAGCGGCUGUUCGGCCCGCCAUCCGUAGGUUUCGGCCAGUCGUCCGCCUCUUCGCCUGCUCGGACUGUUGUUUUCUGUGCUGCAGACGUAUAGAGCAUUGUCGUCAGAGAGCGCUUGGACGCUCGUUUGUAUGAAUCGUAGUAGUUAUAGUGCCAGUAGUAGUGGUAUGAUGUGGUGCUUUUCUUGAGGAGUGCGUUAUCUUGGCCGUCGCAAUUUGUACGCUGCGAUGCGCCAGUGACGAGGCCGAACGAGACAGGUUGGAAUUGGAGGCCGACGAUGAACAUUCGGGGAACUUCUUUGGUAAAAAAAAGCGCUCAACUGUUCGGCUACUGCGGGGCUAGAAGUAGGCUGCCUCUGGAAGGGCUGUGAAAGAGAUAAAAAAUAGUGGAGCUCAUGGAUCAGACUGUGUUAGGACGGACCACUCACCGUUUGUACGGGUGCGUGUGUCUGUGAGCCUUCAUAGGGAAAACCUUCGAUCAUAUAAGUGUUGCGUUACUGUUCGAUUGAUAGCGUUUACAUAGGCUUGUACCGAAGAAAGGAACUGACGUGGGAGCCAGUAGUUCAAAGCGGCGGUGUCGAUCGAAUGUGUCGUGUAAUCAAUAGUAUUCGAUAUUAACGUGCUUUCUGAAAGCUCUAUGUGCAAAAAAGGGAAAGUCUGGAUUAGUUUGAUGAACUUUUGAGUUCUACUUGAUGUGUCGGCUUCCAUGGCCAUUUGUCCAGCGGACGAACUUCAAUCAAGAUGCACAGUGCUGAUCCUCUCUCAACAACGGAAAACGUCAUUGUGUACGAAAUUAUGUUGUAGCCAGAACGCUCAAACUGACUCUCAAAUGACGGGCGAAACAUUGAGUAGUAUCUAGCAGUACGAGAUUCCCCGACAACUUCCAACACAGAAGUACGAACGCAAGUUUCAGCAGACAUCGACGAAGUUGCAGUACAUUAACGAUAAGAAAUAUUCGCGAUUUUAGCUUCGAGGAAGCGUUCCGAAGUAGAAGAACAAAUAAAAGCCAACCAACCAUAACGAAUGCUACGUAGCCAAUUUGUCCGCCAGAUUCGCACAAUAUCGUUAAAAGUGCUCCGUUUAAUGUUUCGGGUAGUGUCACCCUUUACUGGUGUUCACUUGAGCCUCACCAGCAAACGGAUAUUGAACGCGGCCAACCCACCAACGGAUCUACAAAACCUGAGACCCAGCUUCCACGAUCAAAAUCCCGACUAGAGAUAACACUUAAAAACAGUUAUAGCCGAUUAGCUAUCCAAACAAACAGCCUCCGCAUAGUAUUUUGUAAAUUCAGUGAAAAAAGUGACUGUGUGCGUUUCAAUUAAGCGGAAUCAAUGGUUCCCUAUGGUGAUUCCCUACUGCAAAUGUAACCACGAUUAGUAAGGUAGGUUUCAUAGAUGCUAUUAACAACGAUCCCGCAGUUCAUAAUUGUAGUCUGUGGCUAAAUGACCACGGAUAUGACUAUGCCAAUUUCGCUAUGACGAUUCCGAACGGUCGGUUGUUAUCGUUGUCGCAGUCUAGGCUCGCCGACAACGGGAGAUUCAAAUAACUCUAUAUAUGGGAAUAAUCAGAAGGCAGUAAGCGGAGACGUACACAAACAAACCCAACAAAGGCUGGCGACAGUAUCAAUAAAACCCUGUCAAGAUUUUGGCGAUGCCGCUAAGCCAACGAGGCGUGCAUGGUGACAAAAGGGUCCAUAUGUAACGAGGUGGCAACAACCAUCAAAGGCCAGUAGUGGGGCCAAGCCAACCGACCGCCGUUUGACAAAUAAGCCUGAUCUGGAUGGUAUUUAUUGAUAGCUGACGGCCUCGCAACGGAUUCCUGGAGCACCGUGUGGAACGGUACCGUUCCAGUUGUCGCGGACGUCGCCGACAUUGGCCUACCUGCUGCUGCCGUGGUCGCGAAAGGAAGCAUUAAUACCUAACGAUAUAGUCAUGGAGACGAACAAACACAACAAGACUCGUUUGUGUGUACGGGACACAUUUCUCUUGUGCGUUAUCUUUUGUGGUAACAACAUUGGAUAAUGCCAAAUGUUGCUUUCACUUGUAGAGCGACAUUCAUACACCGAUCAUACACGGAGGUAGAGUGAGAUUUCAGAGAUGGCGAGUGAAGCAAUGCACAGUGGAGAACCUUCUGACCCAGGCCCUGGAGGGAGCGCUGGGUCUGCUGGCACACCCCAUAGCCCUCCAGCGAUCAGCUACUCUCCUAGCAAACGGGAGCCGAUUGCCGUGCGCUCCGCCAGAAUCAAUCACUGUGUACUCGGCGUGAACAGCUCGUUACGGAGUCAACAGUCUUUGAUGCCGACCAAUACACCAUCCUCAGUGACACCUGAGGGACCCGAUAACGCUACACAGGCCAAAAAUCUUAUUAAUCGAGAUUCGUUGCUGGAUGCCCUUUUUGUUCUCUAUGAGGAACUGAAUAAUGACUCCAUGAGGAAAGAUCGAAACGUGUUACAGUUCCUUGAAAAAUUCCGAGGCCCAAUGAUGGACCUUAGAGCUCUACGAGUCUCGAUCAGUGACUUUGAAGUGAAGAAGAUUAUUGGGCGAGGACAUUUCGGAGAAGUAAAGGUCGUCAAAGAAAAGGCCACCGGCGAAGUUUUCGCUAUGAAGACUCUGCGUAAGUGCGACACGCUCUCUCAACAAGCGGUGGCAUUCUAUGAAGAGGAACGUGAUAUUAUGGCUGACGCGCAAGAUACCAAAUGGAUUACCCAACUGCACUACGCCUUUCAGGAUACGGACAACUUGUACCUCGUCAUGGAAUUUCUGCCUGGUGGAGAUUUGCUUUCUUUGCUAGACCGCAACGAUAACAUCCUCAGUGAAGAACACGCGAAGUUUUACCUGGCUGAACUUGUUCAGGCUAUUCACACACUGCACUCGAUGGGUUACGUGCACAGAGAUAUCAAGCCGGACAACAUACUUAUUGAUCGCAGUGGACAUAUCAAGUUGGCGGAUUUCGGUUCGGCAGCGCGGCUCUCGUCAAAAAAGGACGUUACUUCGAAGAUGCCGGUUGGCACACCCGACUAUAUUGCGCCUGAAGUACUCCAAGCGAUGAAUGAAAGAGGUCCCAGUAAAGGACAGACUUAUGGCACAUGUUGUGACUGGUGGUCUUUGGGCAUUGUCGCCUAUGAAAUGCUGUAUGGGCAAACCCCGUUCAGUGAUGAACGUGUUAUGAAGACGUAUUCAAAUAUUAUGAAUUUCAAAAAGACGCUUGUGUUUCCCGCAGAGUUCGUCGUCAGUCCACAGGCGAUCGCGUUGAUUACCGCUCUACUAGAACAGGCAGACAAGCGUCUGGACUAUAAGGGUUUGAUCGAGCAUAAGUUCUUUGAAGGUACCUUCUGGACAAAUAUACGUCAACUUGUACCACCAUUCGUACCUCAACUCACUGGCCUGGAUGACACAUCGAAUUUCGACGAUUUUGAGGAUGACUCACGUGCGUCAAACCAGAGGGCUUAUCUGCGAUCGCUUGCCAAAAAAACGUUUGAAACCGCGAAUCUCCCUUUUGUCGGGUUCACACAUACCACGCAGGCUGGUCAACAUUCGAUGCAUGACAGUUCGCUAGUCGCACCAGUGGGUCAUCAGGCGGCGUUAGCAGCAGCGACGGGAACACUGAGUCGUAAAGACGAGAGCCGUCGUAAGGAGCUGCAGGAGAAACUUGCCUUGGCUCAAGCCAUGGAAAAUCAACUGCGUGAUGCUAAUGAAGGUUUAAAAACACGUCUCAAGGAGUCUGAAGCCCGGACUGCUAAAUUUGAAAGUGAACUGGGUACACUAGAACGCCAAAUAAUAGAAAAGGAUGCAAAACUAAAGAAGCUUGAAGAGCAGUGCCAACAUGAAACAGCACUGCGUAAGAGGAGCGAGCAGAAAGCUGUGGAAAUCGUUAAGGGGUAUCAACGACAGUACAAACGUUCGGAUGAACUAAUUAAGUGGAGCCUGACAGCGCCUGAUAGCCCCCUCAGUGAGCGAAAUCAAUCCCGGUUACUGCAUGAACUGCCUCAGCAGAUUCUCAGCCAACAGGAGAUAAUUGAGCAGUUGACCAGUGAACUGCAAAAAACACGAACCAUCGCCCGCGACUAUAAAGACAAAUUUCAUUCGAUCGUAUCGGACAGCGAAAAGUGUGUUGAACGGCUGCAAGAAAUUCAGAGUGGGAAUUUGGCAUACGUUGAAGGUCUCAAGAAGGAUUUAAGUGAAGCUGUCAAUCAACGUCGGGUCGUUGAGAACAACCUUGCCAACGCGAAACAACUCUGUGAAGAAUACGUGGGUCGUCUCAAGGAAUUGCAAGAUAGUAACAGAGAGCUAAAAAUUAAGGUUAAAACGUUGGAGGUCCGGGUGUCCGAGCUAGAAACCGAACUCCGAAGCAGUGUCGUUAACGAUGGCACAAGUCAGCUAGAGAAUGGUGAGGACUUGUGUGAAACUCAUUCAGCUAGCCAGCAGCUGGUUAUUGAGUGCGGCCAGCUGCGCGCCAAGCUACAAAAGGCUCAAGAGACGAACGCUCGUCUUGAAAUGCAAGUUGUCGAACUUACUUGCCAGGUAGUGCAGCUGCAAGACCCAAGACCGACGGAGGAACUCGAUGAAAAGAAACUUCAACAGCCAUGUUCUACCUGCAGUUCACUUGAACUGCAGUUAGCAGCUUUUAAACGACAACUCGAAGAACAACGACAGAGUGCCGUAAGUACCUCGGAGCAAAGUAAAGGUGACGAAAAGAUGACCGCUGGAGGUGAGCGGGAUGAUGUGGAACCACGAAGAUCAGUUCGAUUUAGUGAUCUGGCUGACUAUACGAUCAACCUUGACAAUGCGACUGAGGACCCGUGUGCACUAGACGCAAACAGAAACAGUGUCUCAGCCGUGGUACUUACGGACGAUGAAAAAAAGCAGCGCCUCUCAAUGGUCUCCUCGCGCGCCUCGACGAACAACUCGUUUCAUACGGUUGCCAGUUGUAUAUGCAACUGUGUCGAGGAAAACAAACUUCUUAGACAACAGCUUAGUCAGGCCAAAGAAGAUCAAGAAAUCAACAAACGCAGAUGGUUAGACACGUCGGUCGAUCUACGUAAGCGGAACGAGGAACUGAAAGAGCUGCAAUUAGACCUUCGUAUAGCCACUCGUGAGGCGAAAGCACUAAAAGGUGCGGCCGAUCAGAGUGAGCAACUUCGGCAACAGGUCGAGGAACUUCGAUGUCUCCUAGACGAACGUGUUCGAGCGGAAGAGACAUUGAAAACGCAACUAAACGAAGCACGAGAAGCGGCAACUGUAGCUGCGGACUCCGCAGCACAAGACGCCUUAGCUGCUGAUAGUGAACGAGCCAGACUCGAGGAGCGCCUUAGGGUGCUCACCGACACCACAAGCACACAAAAUGAUCUUAAGGAGCAACUUGCCACUGUCUCUGAUCAAAUUGGUCAACUGACGCUUCGUUGCAAGAUGCUUGAGAAGGACGCAGAAAUGGCUAAUCGUCGAAAGGAAGACGCUUUGAAGCAGCUCGAACAGACGCGCAAGAGCCUUAAGCAGGAACAAAUGCAGAAUGAGAAUUGGAAGCGUGAGUUCUCAUCGCUAGGAGAUCUCAUGAAUGGACUUAACGAUGAGGCUGAGCAAAACAAAACUGAGAUCGUAUCACUACGUGAUCAGGUAUCGAAACUACGUCGUGAAAAAGCCUCCCUUGAGCCUCUUCCGGAAUUGGUCGAAAGCCUUCGAGCGGAAAUGGCCGAAAGGGAAUCGGUAUCCAUGGAUAUGCGGGACUCCCUACAAGGCGCACUCCGCGAGUCUGAAGAGGCGCACCGUCGUGAAGCCGCACAGCGAGAGCAGCUCGCCCAACAGCUAACACUGGUCCAGGCCGAGCUCAAGGUCAAAGCCCGCUCGAUCAACAGUCUUGAAGACGAGAUCGUGACCCUGAAACGGGAGACAACGAAGUAUAUAACAACGAUAAACAAUCUUAACCGAAAUAUGGUCCAAUUGAAUGAACAGCUUGAAGACGUCAACAUUCGUGUACAGGACCAAGACGAAUGCCAUCGUAGCUUGUUGGCAGAGAUGGAUCGAAAGACGAUGGAACACCAAUUGGUUGUCGUGCGAAUUACUGGUCAGCUCCAACAGUAUGCUAAGGUUGUUGAUCUGCUUAAGGAGCAGCUCGAGAAAGCGAGUGCUAAGAAGACCGGUGGACUGUUUGGAUUUGUCGGCAAAAAUCGUGAAGAUAAGGCGGGUUCCGGUAAAGAUGGAAACGUUGGAAGUAAUCAACAGCAAUCAAAGAUCCGUAAGCUUCAACAUGACCUCGAUGAAAGCCGUCAGGAAGUCAUGAUGCUUCGUGAGCGACUUACUAUUGAGGAGGAGAAAAACAAAGCCUAUCGAGCUCGUCGAGGCACUCGCGACAAUAACACUAACAGCUUUCAAGAGUCGGCCUCGUUUGGUAGCACGGUAAGCGGCAGUGGCAGUGCUGGCAGCAGCGUGUUAGCACCGUUUCCACAGUCACACGGACUCGAUAGUGCGAGUUCCAGUCUCAGCGAUUGCAGCCAAAAUGACACGAACACAAAUAGCGGACCGCACGGGGGGCAUUCGGGAUCACCGUCAUCAUCGAAUUCCGUGAACCUGUGUUCUCCGAAUCAGCUGCGCGCCGCUGAAGAACUGGCCAAAUCACCAAUGUCCAAUCAGGCGCUUAUGAUGGCUGCUGUGCCUACAGGAACCGUAUCUCGAGCCACGGAAGGCGUUCCUACUAAUCGCGUAUCGCAUAAUAUCCCGCACAAAUUCAGCCAUUCUCUUGCCUAUACUAAUAGAAAAUGCGAUCUUUGCUCACGAUCACUGACUGUAGGCACCAAAGUUGCAGUUUGCCAGGAGUGUGAGCACUCGUUCCAUGUGACCUGUUCUCAGAAGGCCCCACCGGUUUGCGGCCUUCCGCGGGAACUGCUGCGGGAAUACGAGGUUGUCAAGGCUGUACGAUUUGCAGGUGACGUGAAAAAUGCGUCAUUUAACCCUGAGCAUCCUGAGGGUUACGUAAAGAUACCGAAAAACGGGUGCCCAAAACUCGGGUGGGAGAAAGCCUACCUGGUAUUGGAUGAUGGCGUCCUGUACAUCUUUGACAAGAGCUUUAUACCAGGAGGUGACCAGAUUGAGGCUAUUGAUAAUAAAACAUAUUCAAGGUACAAUCUCGUGGGUGAUGGCCAGACUCAUAUGUAUCUCGAUCGGGACGUUCUUCGAUCCGAACUGCGAGAAGGUGUCAACACCGAACUAGUACUUAAACUCGUUGUACGAAGCCGAGAUCAGGAGCCUCGUCGACCUCUUUACAUGCUUUUCCAAGGAGUCGCCGACAAACGGCUUUGGCAUGACGUGAUCCAAAAUACAAUCGAACGCUUCUCAAAAGGGAGUAAGAGUAUAACUCGUCGUAUAGCCGAUCUUGCCGAUAAUUACGGACCUAUGUAUUGCAUAUGGGAGGUUGAUUCCGACGGCGAUCUUCUACUGGCUGGAGGGGCCGACGGCCUGAUGGUUGUGGACGGACGGGCUCGAACUCUGCGGCGUGCUGUGGCAGGGGUUCCUCCCGUUUUUCAGAUACAUCUCGUAGAGAUCUUCAACAUCGCCGUAAUGAUUGUAGAUUCCCGCAAACGUGGCUUGGUCUGGUGUCGAGUGUCGGAUCUCCGUGACUGGAUGCAUUGCGAAGGCGAUGUUGAUCUCCCGCCGGUAAACCUCCUUCGUGUUCGCGCUGGCCUUGCCACUGCUGCCUGUCGCCAAGAUGCCAAGGGACACCACGACAGCCGGGUUGGGACCAAUCGACACUCUGCCGUCGGCAAGACUUCCAACAGCCUCGCCCAGCAUGGAAGCAUUGAAAAUUGCUCUGUGUUCAAAGUGAGCAAGGACGGUUGUGUGUUGGUUGUGAGCACGACAGAAGCGCUAGUUGUACUUCGUUACCAAACUGAGACCCUUCAAUAUGACGUGGAACGUCGUUUAGAGACCGAGAAUCUCUGUUCAUCGAUUCAAAUUACGCCGUCAAAUGUGCUAUUCAGCAGUGAUAAAAUUUACGCUUUAAAUCUACGCAACCAUCAGGUCCGUGAAUUUCUUGACGUCACCGAUGAGUCUCUGGCAUUGUUCGCAAACUUUAAGGGACCCUAUUAUAUUCUUGAAGUUGAGCCUCACACCGAAUACGUUAUCGCAUGCAAAGAAAUGGGCUUCUUCGUCAACGCAGCAGGCAGGCGCAGUCGCCCUGGGGAUAUCAGCAUCAACGGUUCGAUUCUUAGUCUCGAGAUAUGCCAACGCUCGCUCUUCCUUUGUGACGAUGACCAUAUACAGGUCUGUAUGGUGACGCCUGCCGGUCAACAUAACGACCUUCGUCUAGUAGAAACUCUACAUGCACGAGGUAUCCGUUUGUUGGGACGUGCUCGCGCCGGCGACGCCAUCUACGUAUCAUGGACAUGGAAGAACAUUCGAUGUAUCUCAAAGAUAUUUGCAUUCCCUGUUGACAACAGCUCGUCGUCUAGCGAUUUAUCUGCGGGCGCCAGUGCUGAGUUUUCAUUUACCUCUUCUCUAGAAGAAAAUCUCGAACGAUACGACUGCGACAACUUGCAGGACAACCUUUGAUCAUAUCGAAUCACACCCGUCGGCCAGCGGAGGGCGAACUGGCACCGUUCAGUGUUCUACAUGCUCCGAACGCGUUUCUGGGACGCUGCCUAGUUCGACGGCCUGGCGAUGAUCGAGUCGAUCUUCGGCAUACGUAGGGAACCUAAUCUAGUUUUUGCUAUAGUAGAUUGUAUUUAUUAAGUACCAUUUCCAUUGAGAUGAUGCCAAACUUGCUACUUGAAGUUUGUUCCUAUUUUUUUAGACCAACUGAUCACAAUUAUACCGCGCAGGGCAUAUUUUGGUGAACUUUCUCGAUAGAAAUGUGAAGCCAUCGCCCUUCAAUAUGUAAAAAUUACUAGAUGUGCCUUUGCAAACUAAACGUAGCGCCUGGAAAAAUAACACGAAAGGAACUGUGAAUACUGAAAACACUAGAAAAAUGAAUAUAAAUAAUGUCUACCAUCAGCGCCAUGCAGUUCAAUCGCUUACGAACGCUUUCCAUUACUAUUCGGUAUCGUGAUACGUUUGAUAAAAAAAAAGGCAGCGACGGAUUGUAUACGCUCGUGAUCAUCUGUAGAUAAACGCAAAUAUUUCUCACCUAUUUGGGGGACGAAACGUGUGUGGCCCAUUGCGAAGCAGUUUACGGACGGUUAGAUAGUUCGGAAUAUCAGUCGUGAAUCAAUAUUAGGGUGGGCGAAACAUAAUUACUGCAUGUCACAGAAUCGACACUUGAUUUAUGUCAUGUUUUCAGUAGAUAUGGGUCUACGUAUACACCAUUGAUAGGGCAUAUAUCAGCGUCUAUUAGACUAAAUGAUAUUAAUAUCAUGAAGAUUUUUCCGUUUUGACUUCCGUAAAAAAGAUCAAGGCAUAAGACGUACACAUGUAUAUACAUAUACGCCCCACUGACGUAACGUGAAGAGGGGAGGUGACUGGAAAUACAUAAUCGCGAGAAGAUGAACUAAAAACCAAAAGACAAGAGUUCUAACAUUCAUGCAUGCAACCGUGACAUAUGGCAUACGUACACUUGUCGCAUUAUUUCGGCAUAAUUUAUAUAGUACAAUACAUGAGCGGUAGAUAUGUAACUGGGUUGCUGCACACUGCAUUGUAACUUAUGGCUCACGGGAGAACACAUUCCGUAAAGUUCAUUACGGCAGUACGUUAACAGCUAAUCCUCAGUGUGAUGACCGGAUGAAGCUACAAUGAUACACGCCCGAACCACAAAGCUACGACAGUUCAUUUCAGAGGGAUUUCCUUGGGAGCAGUCGUGCACAGGGCCUGAAAUAAUGCUUGCACUUGAAUGCCAUGCUAACUAGCUUUUAUUCGACUGUACCUUGCCUGUUCAACAGAUAGUUGUGUUUCAUCGUGAGUAGCCCUGUCAUUUUUAUUCUACUAUUAUGUAAAUACACACGGGGGGUCUCUGUUCCGUACACGAUCAAGCGGGUAGAUCAGGACACAGGCAACAUAUAUCCAUUAGUAAAAUGUUCAAGUGUACGGCAUGGGUAUAUUUCAAUGGACAUAGGUGACUUCGGUUUUUCUGAUGUCGAGUAACGAAAUUAAACGAGUACAGUUACGUCCUCUCACAGAAUACCUAAGAGUAACACAUUUCUAAUGGAAGCGAGGAUCGUCGGGUGUGCAACGUUGCAGUUACGAACAUGUAGACAGAACAAUGAAAAUAAACUGUACGCUGUUAGCUCACUUCUGUGGCAGUAAGUAUUAGAAGGCGUCAAUGCAUCUUUCUCCGUACGUAAACGAUAGAAAAAUGUCAGCUUCACGUUGAAAGAAAUCAACCAAAGUGUAACGGUAGGGAGAAAGGUUGAAAAUUCGUCGAACGAAGUAAUUGUGUUUAUUGAUCGAAAACAGAGUCGGGAAACGGAGCCAGCAGGAAGUAACGUUUGAUAUGAGUGGGAAGCUUAGUUAUAUCCGUUUCGAUAACGAUGAUGGCUAGAUAAUCUCCCAGCUUGGCAAACGUGUACGUGAGAGUAGUUCCCGGCAAUUGCUAUCCGGCCACAAGAAGCUUAAUGAGGGGUUAAAGUUCAGUUAAUUGUUUACUGUGGAACUGUUUAUUGUUGUUGCCCAGCCAAUGCAAGCGUAUGUAACCGUGAACUUGAAUAGCGAUGAUUACGUUGUUUCGGCAUCUUUGAACAAUGCACAGGCUAUUAGGGUAUGGGAUACAAGGGGACGUUUUUCGUUUCGUUGGGGCAUAUGUCACAGGCAGGUCGGACCUUACAUCAUCAGGCUUGGCACUAGAAUUUAUUCGAGUAUUUCAUUUGUAAUCAAUUAACAGGGGCAAGUUCCUAAGGAAACAUGUGAAGCGACGAUGCUAAUUAGCAAGCUCGAGUCAAUUAACAAAUCCCAGGGGCGUCACAAACAAGAAAAACAAUUUGGAGGUAGUAGAGGAUUUUUUAUGACGACUUCAUGACACUUGAACGGCAUAUUGUAGAGUGAAAUAAACAAAAGCAACGAUAAAGUAAUACGUUCUGUACAAACCGUUUUUUGGUCUAAAUCUCCCAAGUGCGCGCUUAGUCGGUAGUAGACAUGGCCAAUAGUUGACCCUACGCAGCGAACGAACUCGAUGGAAAAGUACGUGUAAUGCUAUUGUAUGUACGUGAAAAGGCUCGUAUGGAAUCCUACGCAAGAGCUAUCCGGGUUAAGUAGACUGGCUGAACUCUGUGGAUGAUGAGGGAGACGGCCACGGACCCAAAGUAAUAGCAAUGUCAAUUUGAAGAAAACUUAGCCUUAUUUCCGUGGAUACUAUGCAAGGUUUUAACUUUCAAAUCGACUCAAGUUUAUGUACCUUGAUAUAUAAUGCAAGUUACAGAAGAUAUUCAGGCUUACACAGGAUCAGCGUUUCUGUUUUUCGACAUUCAAAGCGAGCAGCUGCCAGUGAUUAUUUUGGGAAAAAUGGCACAUUACCAUUAGUGUAUAAAUGAAACGGGAAGUGAUGACUUUUGCCACCAUAGUGGAUCUAUCGGGCGUAGUGACCCACCUAGCGCCCUAUGUACCAUCGGAAAACAAAAAAACUGACUACAGUCCCUAUACAGUUGACGAAGUCGAGACGAUGUUACGAAUAUGGACAGUUUGGCCAAUCAACGGUAUACGCACUUUUUGAAGAAAUGCCAUUUUGGUCAAUUAGCAUCGAAUAGCCGGUUGUAUCAUAUCCUAAAACAUUUUAGUUGAAUGUAUAUUUAUCAAUGGCUGAAGAUUGCUUGUAGUCUGACACUUGACUUGAACGAACGCACGUAUUGGCGUAACAAUGGCGCAGUAAGUAGUCUACUUUAAUAGUCGGAAGUUACAUUGGAAAUUACAGACACGGAAGUGGUAGAAUUAAACUUGGAAAUAUAGUGCAUGGCUUUACAGACGACAUACGAAUUGCCGCAAGAACAACAAAAUAACGUAUAAACUGCAACGGACAGAUCAUGCAGGCUGGUAGUAACUAUAAUAUAUGCUUAAGCUGAAUUAGCGAUGUUAGGGAUAAAUAAAUCGAACGAUUUUACCCUUCGAGACGAAUAUGCGAAGAUACGAAGUUUCUAUUUAUAGUGGAGCCUUAGGCUAUAGGGGCCGAGAUCGAUAGGCAAUGAGCAUAAAACGUAAAUGCCACUUGCUCCCAUCAGGUUUUGAUGCGUGAAUGUUUCGUAAAGAACAGCCGUCAACACGCGAAAAGCAAAUCGAAAAACAAAAAAAAAAAAGUAUUAUUCUCCGUUCUGGAAAUAGGAAUUAGCAUACAGUGGCAACGACGACAUUUUAUUAAAGUACACAACGACUACGCGUCAGAGGGAGUAUAGUUAUAUCUCAAAUGGACGAUAAUCACACACAAAAAAAAAAA